AUGACCGAUACGGAGCUCGGGGAUGGCAACCCCACACAACAGCCUCAGUUCUUGCCCAUAUAUAGUGGUAACAACACCGGUGAUGACUUGCCUAAAGCGACUCCCACUAAGAUGAUGAAGAUAAAAGAGCUUGAAUAUGACUCGAAGAACCCCCGUGGAUGGGCUAUUCUAGUGGAAUACGCUCUCGCUCCUCUAUGUCUAGAGAAGGUUAUCGAAAGCAGCAUCUAG